AUGCUAAAAGCACGAUACUCGCCGCCCCCGAAAUGCCCGCCAACAGCGGUUUGUAACGCCGUCACAAUCGUUUUACUCGUCGUGGUCAAUGCCCUCGUUUUCGAUGGUUCCAAGGAAGCAGCCACGGAAUGUGUCAUGGUCAUCAUAUUUGUGUGGCUCACGUUCAGCGCUCUCAUGCAACGCAUCAAAGGCAUGUCUGCUUCCAACUUGUUCUGCACGGUGCACGCGAUGUAUUUCGUCGCCUGUGUGAACGACCUCUUGUGUAUGAAAGACUUGACUUUCGCGCAGGCAGCUACCUACGGUAGUGCGGACGAGUUUUCGUGGGCUACCACGUGGUGUUCACUGUCGAUGGUCGCCGCACUUGGGAGCCUUUUGUUCGCCUGUUUUCGAAGCAGUCCCGUCUACAUCAAGGACAGCAUGAAGGUGCAACGCAAUGUGAGUGACGAAACGCUUUCACCUCUUGCAAAGUGCGUGGGCGCUGCAGUGUUUAGGACGGGGCGAAAUUCCGGCUUCCACGUCUUCUGUGGAUUCUUGCGCGUGCUGUGGUACGAGGUGCUCUGGGUGAUCCUCGCAGGAUUUGCAUUCUACACCAACUACAUCAUACGCGUGCCCUUGCUUGAGGCUCUCAUCGAGGAGUUGGGCUGCCAGCCGGCGACGACAGCCUUGACGGUGCUCUUCCUGUCAACGUGCGUGGCGGAAGUGUUCCUUUCGGGCUUUUUGGAAUACGUGGUGCUGCGAUUAUCGUUACAGAUGAAGGCUCUCAUGCAAGCGGCACUCUUCACAAAGACAACGCGUAUGAGUGGUCGGACCCUUUCGGAGAACCCUACCGGAUACCUCGUCUCUCUGGUGGGCGUGGAUUGCGAGGAACUAAACAUGGCUGCUAUCAUCAUAUUCGAAAUCACCAGCGGUCUCCUCUGUUUUCCUGUUCUCCUGUGGAUGCUGGUGCAGCGUGUCGGUGUUCUUCCCGUCGUCGGCUGCGUCGCCUGGCAGCUGGUGUCACUGGCUCUCUUCGUCCCGGUCUCCAAGGUGCAGACGGGAUUUUGGAAGCGCGUCAACCGUCAGCGGGACGAGCGCCUGAAGAAAAUGGCGGACACUCUGUCUUGCGUCCGGCUCGUCAAGUUCUACGCCUGGGAAGACGCACUGGUCCGGGCGAUGAACCGCUUCCGCGAGAGGGAGACCUUCUUCAUCUUCCUUGCCAACCUGCUGGACGGAUUCGUCGAUUCCCUGCAAGUCUCCUCCAGCUCCCUGAUGACCAUAAUCCUGCUGGGAACCUUUGCUGCCGUUAACCGACCGGCAACCCUGACGGCUGCACGGUCUUUCUCUUCCCUGUACAUGCUUUCCAUCAUGGACAUCGUGGCAGUGAACAUCUCCGCCUGCUUACGCCAUCGAAGCAUGGUUUCGGAAGGCGUACGAAGAAUGGUGAGAACUCUUACUGGGGAAGAAGAGUGCAUCAAAAAGGACCAAGCCCAGCACAUUACCUCGAAAAAAGGUGCCGUGAUGCUGAGCAAGUGCUCAUUGGCCUGGAGCGGUGGAAGAGAGGAAACGGCUGGAAAUGAGAAACCGGUGCUUUGUGGCGUCACCAUGGACGUCGAACCGGGUUCCUUCGUCGGCGUUGUCGGACUCGUGGGAAGUGGGAAGAGCGCAUUGUUGGCUGCUAUGCUUGGGGAGCUUCGUUGCGUCGACGGAGAUAUCCACGUUCACGGCAGUGUGGCCUACCUGCCGCAAGCGGCGUGCAUAUUCAACAUGACCAUCCGAGACAACGUACUCUUCGGCAAGCGCAUGGACGCCGGACGCUACCUGCGCGUCCUGGAAGCGUGCGACCUCGCGCGGGACUUGGAACUACUGCCUGCUGGAGACCUGACCGAAGUCGGAGAGAAGGGCGAGACAUUAAGCGGAGGCCAGAAGCAGAGGGUGGCACUGGCGCGCGCAGUGUACAGUGACAGCGACAUCUACUUGAUGGACGACACUCUGAGUGCGUUGGAUGUUCACGUCGCCGCCAAGGUCUUCGCACGGGUCAUCGGACGAGAGGGAUUAUUGAAUCACAAGACUCGCAUUAUGGUGUGUAAUCAAGGUGUGUUCCUGAGACACGUCGAACAGUUGUUCCUGGUGUGGGAGAAGAGACUGCUUUUCUUUCGAACCCUGGCCGACAUGGUCACCGACGACAGGGCGCCCAAGACGCUGCUGUUCGGAAGCAAGACGGACUCGUCAGACGCCGCCGACAGGCGACCCAGCGGUCUACCCAACUUCAACCAUUCGCGGGCCUGCGAACGUCACAUUGACUCCGGACCCCUGGGCACCUUCUCUAGUACACUAGAUCUGGCCCGGGCCCUGGUCACCAUGUCGGGGGUCUGCUUCCCUCUGGCCGUGCUCAGCAUCGUGGCGCGGGCGGUGGCCGUGGCGGCGUUCCUCUGCUGGAUCAAGAUGUGGACCGACGCGGCCGCCACUCCCGACAACGGAGGAUAUUCGGACGCCGCUUGGGUCGGCGUGCUCGGCGCACUUUGUGCCUGUGACUUGUUGUUCGGCUCAUUGGCUGGCCUUCUGCUGGCGCUCUCCUUUCGACGGCUGUCGUCGCGCCUGCACGGCGCCAUGCUCCGGAGUGUGCUGCUCUCGCCCGUCUCCUUCUUCGAGGCGACUCCUCGUGGGAGGCUGCUGAAUCGGUUCUCCAAUGACCUCAAUUACGUCGACUGCCAGUUCUACGUGACGACCAAGGAGGUGCUGCAGACUGUCACCGUGGUACUCGCCAGGCUGGCCGUCGUGGGAAGUCAGACUCUCACGGCCUGCCUUCUAGGAGUGGCCGCCAUUGGCGUCUACCUUGUCGUAAUGAUAGUGACUGUGCGGGCUGCCAGCGCGCUUCGCUCCCUGGACACCGCCUGCACGUCUCGAAUGCUGCAGCACCUGACCGAGACCAGGGACUCGAUGAGCAGCGUGCGCUGCUACGGCGCGGUGGGCCUCGUGUGCCGGCGCUUCUACCGCCUCCUGGACGGCACCGUCAGGUGCUUCUGGGCCUUGGCCGGGGCCGUGCGCUUCACGCGCGUCACCGGGGGAUUCGCUGGUCUCUGUGCCGUGCUCGCGUCGGUGCUUGUCGUGCUCUGGUCGACCACGCCGUCGUCGCCCAGCGGAAUCGGCCUGUCGCUCAGCUCGGCGAUGGCGAUUCCAAUGCUGCUGUCGGCCAUCAAUGCUUCAUUUUUCUUUUGCCUGAUGUCCUCUAUCGCUUUCGAACGCGCAGUGGAAUACACCAGGCUACAACCCGAGGACGGCUGCGAUCCUCAUGAUGUGCGACCCAAGGUCACAAGCACCGCGCUUACCUCGUGGCCAGACCAAGGAAGGAUAGUGUUCGACAACUUCACCGCUUCUUACAAUCCCGGCGUCUUUCCACCCGUCUUGAAGAACCUGAGUUUUGUCAUUGAAGCCCACGAGAGGGUAGGUGUGGUGGGCCGCACCGGAGCGGGAAAGUCGUCACUCAUUCUGGCCCUUCUUCGAGUGCUGAAGCCUUCGGAAGGACGCAUUGUCAUCGACGGCGUCGACAUCUCCUCGGUUCCCCUUCGGGAGCUGCGCUCCGUCAUCACGGUCAUCCCACAGGAGCCGUACUUGAUGAAAGGAAGUCUGAGGGACAACCUGGACGCCACGCAGAGUCACUCGGACCACGAGAUCUGGGAGGCACUGGCGAAAGCGCACAUGACCGACUUCGUCGCCAAGAAUCCGCUGGGACUCUUGCUUGAGAUAGAGGACGGAGCUGAAAACCUCAGCGCUGGUCAGCGGCAAUUGUUGUGCCUGGCAAGGGCCCUUCUUCGGCGGCCACGCGUCCUUCUGCUGGACGAGGCCACGUCGCGCAUGGAUGGCGACACGGACAGGCUGGUGCAGAAAACACUGCAACAGGGCUUUUCCCACUGCACCGUGCUCACGAUCGCACACCGUUUGAACACGGUGCUGCACUGCGACAGGAUCCUGGUGAUGAGUGAAGGACGCGUCGCCGAAUUCGGCACCGCAGCGGAGCUCGCCGCGAAUCCCAGCUCCAUUUUUGGCGCAAUGGCACGAGCUGCAGGCAUCGACACUUCGGCGCUGCAGCACAGCAAUUGUUCGGUUCGGCUUUGAGUGCGCGAGAGAGUGUGACAAGGAACAACGCUGAGGCACAAGUCACGGAGUUUCGAUUAAGUCCACUAGAGGGAACUCCGCCGCUAGUGUCUAUGGAAGAUACAACGCUUGGCGCUUCAGCCAGCAUGGGAGUAAUUGGUCGUACGCAGAUUUGUCUGACCUUCGUUAUUUCGGCUCCGUUUGUCUCCGUGUGACCUAUGACCUAUGGUCCGGGUAUGUAGCACGU